AUGGCUGAGUGCAAGCCGUCCUCCACGCCUGUCGACAUCAAUCCGAAGCUGUCUGCAGAUGGACCACCAGUUCAGGAUCCUUCGGAUUAUCGGAGCCUUGCUAGAGCUCUUCAGUGGCUGACGUUCACUCGACCGGACAUCGCCUAUGCCGUUCAGCAGGUCUGCCUUCACAUGCACGACCCCCGGGAGCCCCACCUUGCCGCAUUGAAGCGCAUUCUGCGCUAUGUGCGCGACACUCUUCCCUUGGGACUUGUUCUGCAGCCGUCUCGGAGUGGUGAUUUGACAGUUUACUCCGACGCAGACUGGGCAGGCUGUCCAGACACCAGGCGCUCCAUCUUAGGCUACGCUGUGUUCCUUGGUGACAACCUGGUUUCCUGGUCUUCCAAGCGACAGAACACAGUUUCCCGGUCCAGUGUUGAAGCUGAGUAUCGCGCUGUGGCCAAUGGUGUGGCCGAGGUCACUUGGCUGCGCCAACUUCUGCUAGAGCUUCAUGCUCCUCCUCGCCGAGCGUCACUGGUAUACUGCGACAAUAUCAGUGCUGUCUACAUGUCCUCCAACCCGGUUUAG